CGAUAUCUUAUUGCCAGAAAGAUGGAAUCUAUAGAAGGAUUCAGUUAUCAUAUGGCGGUUAAAGAAUAUUGGCAUACAAAUUGUACUGGAAAUAGACAUUGUGAUAUAUGUUUCAAAGAGUAUAUGGAGCUUAAACAAAAACCAGAAGUAGAAAGUGAUAUUUACACAAG